AUGAAUCAAAACAAGAUGCAGAAGUUAAUGGAGCAGUUGGAAGGGUUUAAGAAGAAAGUGAAUACAGAAAAUAAAAAGGUAUUAGGAGUAAUACGAAGGGAUCAAUGGAUUGAUAUGAAAUUUGAGUUGAAUCAUAUUGUAGUUAAGAGAAAAGUAGCAAGUGUUAGGAAUUCUGUGGAAAAGAAGUGUGUCAGUGGCGGUUAUAUGUGGAUGGUCUCUGAGUAUAUUGGCGGUGACACUUCUGUAUGGGUGAGAGUUGAGCAUAGUGAGGUGAGGGUGACUGUGUGUCUCGCGAACCAAGAGGAGGUGCGGGCAGGCGCCACAACCCCCAAACACCACUCCUGCAGACUCAUCCUCGGCGACGCUGACAACAACGUCCUCUACAAUCAGCGUAUCACAGAUGCAGCACUGGUUAUAUCUGGAAGUGUGUCUCGGGUGGUGAAGGUGACGAGGGCUCAGACGGGGGAUGAACUACCUGUUAACUUUAUCUCUGAAACCUGGGCUGGUCUAGAUGUGCAGAGCAGCUACAGUCCCCGCUACCUGCCUCGUCCACAGACCUUCUCUGCUGAUCCCCACAUUACUAUGCCAGCACCAUUAGCACCUCACAAACAAAGAGGCAGGGAGGGUGGUGGCAAGAACAACACUGUUGCAGUGAAUGAAGGAGGCUGGCGUGCCUGCCUACAUACCUGUGGUGAUAAGCGCACAUGUGCCCACAAGUGCUGUAAGGUUGGUGUCAGCUCCCGGCCGGAGUGUAGCAGCAGCAGCAGCAGCACCGUGGGAGUGCCAGAGAUGUUACAGGAGAUCCGUAAGAGAAGCAACCAGUUGCUUCAGACAUCUGUUAAGAAGAUCAAGAUGAACGAGAGUGGUGGAACAACAAGUCUUUCAAAGUUCAAGUAUUCCCCAUGUGGUCCCCGCUUGAUGCACGUACCUACUCCUAUACGGUCCAGCACCUUACAAGUCCAUGCCAAUGAUAACUUGCGCCAACCAAAAGUCGUCCAAAAGAUACUGAAAUAUAACGCUACUGAAACUUAUAACCAGGCCAACACUAGUGAAAAUAAAAGCUGUGGUAAUGCUAAUAACCGAGUGUUUCACGAUAGUACCAACAGCCACGGACGCAUUCCUCGUCCAACGUAUGCGGAUAACCAGUGUCAGAUAGAAAAAUUGAUCGAUGAAGAUGUCCUGAAUGAAUUUGAAAAUGGGUGGAAUUUUGAUGAGGAAUACCAAGAUGAUUUCCCCGGAAUGGAUAUUUUCACGUCAGAAAAAGAAAACUAUACAGGCGAGAACAAGGUUUCGACGGAGACAUAUGAAGGCACAUUCAGUAAGCCACUAGGAGCAGAAUAUCCAGAAGUUUCGGAGAAUUUGUCAACUUCUUGGAAUAGGUUUAAGUUUCGACAGAAGCACACAAAAAGUCAGAACCAAGAGCCAAAUAAUCAACUACAUCCACCGUACACCAAGUUGCCGCCAAAAAUCCAGCUAAAUAAACCAUAUAGCCAGCGGUCCACUGACCAGCGACCUGAAAUUAAACAAAUGCAGCAAAUACAACAAGUUUCAGCAGUACCCGAGUCUGAACAAAGAACACAGAACAUAUCACGGAUGCAAAGUAGAGAAGUACAAAGGCUUUUGUGUCAGGCAAAAGGACGGAACCACAAGGCAGCACAAAGACAUUCACAAUCCUCUGUAAAUAAUAACAACCGAUUAUUGAGUCCUAUAUUAAAAGAGGACAGUCAGAAUAAGCUAACUGUGAGUUCCCUCGGAACACAUAUCACGCACGAUACCCAGUCAUUACGACCUUUAGGAAUACAAACAUUUCGGUACCAUCGGCCCUCAAGCCCUUCAGCUGUGAAAGCUAUACAGCCUCAAAGAUUUAUACGACCAACAGAAACAGAAAGUAAUUACGACGAAAGAUGUGUGAGGACUUUUGGAGAACAAAGUAAGCAGCCUCAGAGUUCAACACAUUUGUCAAGAGCACAGGCAAAUACACACCAAGAGUCUCUAGCUCUACAGACAAAGCAGAUUAGUCGACCAACAGUAAGUCAAGAAAACCAAGCCGGGCACAUCCAAACCCCAAUAAGACCUUUAGGGCAACAAGCCAAUCAAGGCCAAAGACCAGUGCAACUGCCAUUUGAACCAACUAAUGAUUUUGCAGGGACUAUGCCGCCAUUCCCUCAAACCAGGCAAAUAAAAACGCCCCUGAGGAUGCCAUCACCAUAUACUUAUCAGAAGCCGCAGCAGACAUCUGUUGUGCAGAGCAUAAGAAAUCAAAGAUUACCACAGCCUCUGGACUCGCGUGGAUUUACCUCUCAAAAUCAUUAUCCACGUCUAGCAAAUAAUCAGAACCAAACGGCUUCGUAUAUAUUUAGCAAUGAAAGCUCAAAACCUGAGCAAGCAAGUUUUCAAGAGAAACAUCAAGAACCAAUACCCUUUCGCAGCUAUGGUUCAAUACCACAAGAGUACCAGACACUAAAUUAUCCCCAAGUUACAUCCUCUUGCUUACCACACACCAGUCUUCCUAAUUUCCAGCAUCAUGAAGACGAACAGGUUGUCACUCCAGGUGAACACUCUGACAGUGGAAGAAGUGCCCUUGUACAGCAGUUACACCAAUCUAAUGUUAAUUUGGUGAGUCGGCGGCAUCAGAGCUUGGAAGAUCAAGUGAUGCCAGUACAACUUCAUAGCUUGAACUACCCAAGCCAAACUCUAGAUGAAGACUAUUACUCGCAAGGUUCUGAUUACAAAGACUGGAGUGCCUUACAAGACUAUGAGUUACCCUUCGACAUAUCAAAACAAGAAAUGUGCGAGAGCAGCUCUAACCCCAGUAAUUCUUCACACCUAAAACCUGUCGCGGGAAUAAAACCAUCAGUUUCUUACUCUGGACAGUGUACUGGAAGCACACAAGAUAAAAAUGAUCCAUUCUCUCAUCUUACGAAGGAGUGGACAAGUCCCCAGUGGGGGAGGCCCCGCAGUAAGCUCAACAUUUUUACCCCAACUGUCCCAACAAAGGAGCUUCGCUGUGGCGCUAAGGGUUCAGUCUCGUCCAAAGAACCACGGCAGCAUAAUGACGACUGGCGAGACCUCGAGAUGUUUCAGUGGUGUCGCCAACAAGAGAUGUUGGCUCUACAGUCCCUGUAUCACAGGGUUCAAGAACCUGUUGCAAGGAAGCCAAAUGAACCACAGCAAGCUGGUGGUGAAUCUGAUCCCUCUUGCGGCAACCAACCACCAGCCUCCGACACUCGGAACACACACAAAAUUAGUCCAGGCAAGCUUCAUAUAACUUACGGGGCUUGGGAUAAGAAUCCAGCCGUGAAUGUUGGCUUAACAGGGAUUGGCGGCGUCCAGCAGAAUAUAAACAUAAACUUAUCAGGUAUUCUAGGGGACGCUGGAGUUACGCAGGCAGCACCACUACCACUUUCAUCACCUGCUACCUUCUCUCAGUCUCGUGGUGAGCCCCAGGUUCGAGGAAUCCUGAAGAAGCCCAGUAAGGAUGUGUGGAGUGCCGCGCCUGACAUCUUCGAGGGAAUACUGUGAGAGCACGAGAGAGAAGAAAAAACUUGUCAACAUGGAAGGCGAAUAAUUCAGUAGACACGUAAUAACCAGGCAGGAGGAAGAUAAAUUGAUAGAAAUAUUGAAAAGGAACUGCUGGUUAUCUAUGUAUAGAUUGGGUAUUUUGAUGAAAAGUAUGGUAAAUUGAAGUAAAAUUAUAAAUCAAACAAAUGGACAAUAAAUGAGAAUAAUACAAUAAAUGUUAAGUAUGAGUAUCAGAUGAUGAGUAAGAAACCACAAAGAAGGUUAACGGAGAGAAAGCAAGAAAUGCUACAUAUCAUAUAACUAACAGCUGGUCAGUGAGAUAUUGUGAGUAACAAAGUAGAAAAAUGAAUUCACGGACGAUACGAUAAAAAAAAUCGAAUAAUGAAAGCAUGAAUCACAAGGGUACUCUAGGAGCCUUGGAAAGGUCUCUGCUCACACCAAAUUUAAGGAAGUUAUUGUUAAAGCUCUUUAAUAUUGAUUUCUAUAUUACAGGUUUCAUUUGUUUUAUUUUAAUUCAUUCAUUCAUUCUCCCUCCCUCCCUCCCUCUUUCCAUUCAUAAUAACCCUUAUUUCAUUUUUCAAUUAAGAAUUUUCUUUGUUAUAAUACAUAAUUUUGAGAUAAUUAAUACGUUGUAUAAUAUAUCAAUCUACUUUGCUGACACGAUAUUUAUUUAUCUUGAAUAACGUUCCAAUAAUACAAGGGUAUUGCAUCCAUUUUUGGUAAUAGCGGUAAGAAGUAAAAAAAAAAAAAAAUACUGGAAUUAUAAAUUAUGAAAUCGUUGCUUUAAUUUUUGCAAGGUAGGCUUUUCUACUAAAACUACUUAUAUUUAGUAUGACGGAAAAAAUGUAUGAGAAAUAUAAUAUUUAU